AUGGAUAGAUAAAAAAAUUAAAAGGAGGUUAAGCGAGAUUAGAAGAAUGGUAAAUAUAAUGAAAAGGAUAUGAAUAAUAAACGAGCCCUUACUACUAAAGGUAGUAAUAAAAAUAUUUAAACUUAAAUGUAUGAGCCUCCAAUAUCUGAUAGAAUGAUUCGAGUUAAUAGAUCUAAACUCAAUUUCAAUAAAUAGGAUCAUGAGGAUCUUAAAAAGAUAAAUUUAAAAACAGAAUCGAUAGUAGAAUUUGAGCAUUUAGAUUUUUAAAAAAAUCCUAUUUUCAACUUAGAUAGUAGAAAUGGAAAUUACUAAAGAGAGAUUUUAAGUCCUCAUGAAAUUGAUGAUUUAGAAUAGCUGUAAGCUUAUUAUAUAUCAAGUGCUAACAACAUCAAUGGUACUCAUCAAACAGGCUAAUAGAGUAUGAAAGAAGAUGCUGGGCUCAAAUCUGUAAUGUUUAAAAAUUCAAAUUAUAAUUCAGUUGAUAAUAAGUUGCUGGACGAAAAUACGAUUAACGGAGAUUUGAUGUAAAAAGGUACAAUAAGAAAUUCAAUUUUCGAAGCAUCUUCUAACAUGAAUGGAAAUACUUUAGGAUUAGAAAAGCAAAUAUAGUUAAUUGAAGCUGAUAAAUAUUAAAACAGAAGGGAGAGGUAAAAUAGUGGAGAAAUGACAAACAGAAACAUUGAUUAUUCAAAAAAAGGUGAAAUUAAAAAAACAAUCAAAGGAUCAUUCAAACUUAUCAUCUAAAUUUUACCAAAAAUGAGAAAAUUUUUAGAAACAAAAACAUAUCUUGGCAGAACUAGAUUUUUGAAUGAAAGAAUAAGAGACUUGAUUGAUGAUUAAAGUGAUUUUAAUAAGAGAAAAGGCUACUCAAAAAAUUAUUUUGCUAAAAUGUUGGAAUGCUUUCUUUCAAUAAUUGAAAAAAUAUGUGUAUUACUUCGGCUUGAUAAAAUACCUCUUUUUGAUCCUGAAAACAUGAUCAAAUUAGCAAUAAAUACUAUAAUUGUAACUUAUAAUUGUUUCUUUUUAUUCAUUACUUCUAUCGAAGUUUGUUUUUCAGCCCAUUUUCCUUAUGCUAAUAUAUUCCAUUCUAUUGCUUUAGGUGCUUGGAUAACAGAAAUGCUUUUACAAAUGAACACAGCUACAUAUUAUAACAAUACAUUUACCAAAGAUCGCAAACUAAUAUUAUAAAUUUAUUUUAAAGAGUAUAUUUUUUUUGAAAUUCUUCCCCUACUUUUUGAAGGGAGAAGUUCGGAUUCUAUCCCAAUAAAUAUUAUGUUGCACUUGCCACUGCUUCUGAAAAUUAAGGGAAUUAUGAUUAUCCUAAAAAAAAUUGAGUUUUAUGCACUAUAAAUGUUAGAAAAGCAUUAUAUCUUAUUCCUACUUAAACUGUGUGGGAAUAUUAUAAUCCUUGGACAUAUUAUUGCUUGUACUAGAAAUAUAAUAUCUAGCUUUGAGGUACAUGUAUUAGGAGAGCAAAACACAUGGGUUGCUCAGUUUCAAUCAGCGGAAUGGCAUGUAAUUUAUAUAGAAUGUUUGUAUUGGUCCUUUGCAAUAAUGAUGCACAACUUGUCAGAAAAACCGAGUAAUGAUAUUGAAUAGAUUUACUCAUGCUUAAUUAUGUUGCUUACGAGCAUUAUAUUUGGUUUUAUGUUGAAUUCUAUUGGAAAUAUUCUAGCAGACAUUUCAAAGUAGCAAGAAGAAUAUAAAAAAGACCUUAACAUCUUAAACUCAUAUAUGAAGAGAAGAAACAUAGAUUUAAGUCUAAGAAGAAGAGUGAAUUCAAAUCUUCUCAAGUAUUACCAUUAAUAAUCAAGAGACAAAAUAAUUUAAGAAAAAGAAACUAUCUCUAAAUUGAGUCCAUACAUCUAAAAUGAACUUAUUUACUCUUCUAACCAUAAGCUUCUAAAGCAAUUUCCAUUGUUUUACUAAACCUUUUCACAAGAAACAAUAUCUAAAUUAUAUAAUAUUAUGGAAGAAGUCAUUUAUGCACCUAAUUAAAUGAUAUUUAGUUAAUAUUAAGGGCAUGAAGACAGCAUAUUUUUGAUUUAGCAAGGCUAAGUUACCCUUUUUGUAGAGAGAGAAGAAAUCUAAACAUCUGGACAGCCAAUAAAUUUUCAGUCUACUUCAAUAUAUUUCAACAAGAAGUAGCAAUAACCAGAGAAUAGUAUUCAUAAGCUUAAAAAGACACUGCAAAUUUUGAAAAACGGAGAUUCAUUUGGUUUGUUCAACUUUAUUACUGGAAUUGAUAAAAAUAUAAGUGCGCAGAGUAAUAAAUUUUCCUAAAUCAUAAAAAUAAAUAGAAAUAACUUUCUUACUGUGAUCAAAGAAAAUAAGGCUGACUAUGAAAAAUUUAUGGAAAUAAAAGAUAAGAUACUUUAUGAUAAAAAUUAUAAAGUGAUAAAAGAUUUGACUUGCGCUGGUUGUCAUAGUUAAGAUCACAUGGUCGAUUUUUGCAACAAAACUUUCUUUGACAAAUAAAAUAUAUAUAUUUUUCAUCACUUUAACUAUAGUCCAAAUUAAAUACGAAAUAACAAUGUUUUACAAAGAAAGCUAAAAAAGCUUAAUUGCUUCUAAAAUAAAAGAAGUAUUGAAGAUAAAGCUAAAAAUUAUGCUGAAGAUAAUAGUCUAAUAGAUAGUGAUCACGAUAUUUCUUUUGAUUCAUAAGGAAACCCUAUUUAGAAUUCACAAAGUUCAUCUUCUGAGUCAUAAAGCGAUGAUUAAGAAGAUAAUGAUUAAAAAUCUUAAUCAUCAUUAAAAGAUUAAAUUUAAAAUGUUCAAGAUGAAAAAAUGAUUAAGUCAAUAAUAAAAAAAAAAUAUAGUUUAAGUGCCUUAAAGUCCUUCGAUAUCACUUCUCUAUAGUCAGAAAACUUAGAAGAUCCAUAUAACAUAAAAUAACAAACAACAAAACAAACUGAAAAAGAAUUUGCAUCAGAGUACAUAGGAGAUGAAGAGAUAAGUAAUUUCUUUAGAUCAAGGACUAAGUCGCAUCACAAUAUGACAAAUAAUGUCAAAAAAAGCUCACUUUAUAAAUUAAGCAGUGAACAAGAUGUAAUUUCUCCAAAAGGGUAAACUGAAUCAUAAAAAGUAGAUUUUACUCCUUAAUCUAAAUUGGAUAGCAUUUAUGAAAAAACCAAAUCAAAUGUUAACACUUUUAAGGAAAGAUCUCCUCAAUCACCUUCUGUUUUUUAUGAACUAGCCGGGGCUACACCUGCUUUGGCUCCUAGAAAAUCUAUCUUAAUAAUAAAUAAUGAAAAAGAAAAAGAUGAAGCAUCAAACAAUCAAUUCCUCAAAACUUCUAAUAUUAACACUAUGAAUACUCACGGAAGGCAUCGUCAUUCGAUUAGAUUUUUAGAUGCAAACUUUAUUAAAAAAUUUUAUAGCUAGCAACAAUAGCAAACUUAAGAAAACCUAUAAACUGAUGAGUAUUUUGAGUGGAAGAUUGAUAAAGUACACGAAUUUCAAAAUUAUUAUGUCUAUUACAAUUAUAUCAAUGUAAUUAGGAGAUUUAAUAAUAAUUUAUAUGUUAGAAAUGGUAAAAGAAAAAAAACUUUAAGAACAACUAAAACUAAGCUAAAAGCCAUUUCUGGAAUUAAGUUACUAAGGCCCUCUGGAAUUCAAUUAGAAUCAAAGCAAAGAUCUCGCUAGUAAUCUAGCAUGUCAAUUAAUUAGCUGCCAUAAGAUGAUCGCAUUAUAAAAACAAGUGAAAAUGAUUUAAAUUGA